AUAGUGCGGGUAAGAAGGUCGCGUGACAGAGGCGGCGAGUAGAGACGAGUGAGUAGAGGCGAGUGAUGGCGAGCUGGGCGGCGGAGGUGCUACAGAGCGAGGUGGCCGAGGGGAAGAAGCUAGAGAAUGCCUCCCGCUUCCCUCGGCAUGGCUGGGUGGUGCCGCUUGAUCACAGGUUCCCCGAGAGGAGGAACCAGAAGAUCCGCCCCAGACUAGGCCAGCUGCCACAACUGAUGCCGCUCUUUGUGAGAUACUUAGUGUGGUAUUUAUAUACAAGAGCAAGAGGGCGGAAGCCUUGGAUUGAUUGCAUUACCAUGAUGCACGGCAAACAGAUGUACGGAGUUCCAUUGGGUGGCAUUGGCUCUGGUACAAUUGGUCGUGGAUUCCGUGGAGAAUUUUGUCGAUAUCAAAUGGUCCCUGGCAUCUAUGAGUACCAAACAGUGAUGGCAAAUCAGUUCAUUGUGACAAUCCGUGAUCCGAAAGGACACACACUCUACCAGAAAGUAUUAUCAACACACAGUAAAUCCAAGAAGGGCCUUGGAUCAUGGGACUGGGGCUUCAGUGGUGCAGAUGGCCUCUACUGUGGUCUCUACCCUCGCUCAUGGACGGUCUAUAAUAUUAAAGAGCAGAGCAUUAGACUAAUAUGUCGUCAGAUUUCACCUGUAAUACCUCACAAUUAUAAGGACUCGUGUUUACCUAUUGGUGUGUUUGUGUGGAAUAUAGAAAAUCACAACUCGGAACCAAGAGAUGUAUCAAUUGCAUUCACUUUCAAGAAUGGAACUGGAGGAAGUGAAGAUAAAAAUGGUGAGUGUUGGAGUGAAGUGUUUGAACGUGUGCAUGAAGACACUAAGGCUAAAGGUGUUGUGUUGCAUCAGACACUCAGAAGUGUAAAUCUCCGUUACUGUUUAGCUGUUAAAGAACAGCCUGGGGUCUCGGUAUCAAACUGUCCGGGAUUUGACCCACUAGGGCCGGGUGACACUGUUUGGAAUGACCUGAAGUUGGACGGGGAGUUGGAUCCAAGAGAUGUACCAUUAACCAAGACAAGGAAGGGUGAAGAAAGAGCAGUUGCAGUGUGUGGAAAAUGUAGUAUUAGUGCAAAUAGCUCAGGAAUGAUAGAGAUGGUCCUCACCUGGGAUAUGCCCCAAAUUGUGUUCAAGAGCAGAGGAGUAACACACACCAGACGUUAUACUCGUUGGUUUGGUGAUGAACAAACAGCAGCGCAGGAAAUGGCUGCUUAUGCCCUGUACCACUAUAAACAAUGGGAGGAUGACAUAGAGGCCUGGCAAAACCCCAUCCUUCAGGACAAAGGAUUACCAGACUGGUUUAAGAGUGCUGUGUUCAAUGAGCUUUACUUCAUAUCAGAUGGUGGAUCAGUCUGGUUGGAGAUGCCACAAGAUUUAAACGCUUCUUUACCGUCAUACGAUUCACGUGUUGAAUAUGGUCGAUUUGCAUAUCUGGAGAGUCAUGAAUAUCGCAUGUACAACACCUAUGAUGUGCACUUUUAUGCUUCCUGGGCAUUAGUGAUGCUCUGGCCCCAGCUUCAGAAGUCGCUUCAGUAUGACAUGGCUCAGUGGACAACAUCCGCCGACCUCACACCUCGCACACACCUUUUCCAUGGAAAUAAAGGAGUUAGGAAGUUAGCCAAUGCUGUUCCUCAUGAUGUGGGUGACCCUGAGGAUGAGCCAUUUGUUCGUAUAAAUGCGUACCAGAUCCACGACAUAAGCUUUUGGAAGGACCUCAAUCUGAAGUUUGUUUUACAGGUUUACAGAGAUCACACUUUCUUUAAAGACCAGGAUUACUUAACACACAUGUGGCCCAUAUGUCGAGCAGUGAUGGACCGCUGCUUCACUUAUGAUCGAGAUGGUGAUGGAUUGAUUGAGAAUGAAGGACAAGCAGAUCAAACAUAUGACUCUUGGAUCAUGCAUGGACCUUCAGCUUACUGUUGCUCACUCUGGGUGGCAGCUUUGGCUGUCAUGGUGGAAAUGGCAGCAGAACUGAAAGAUGAAACUGAAGAAACUAAAUUUGCAGAAGCUCUUACAAAAGCCAAAAUAACACUCCAAGAAAAACUAUGGAAUGGUAAAUAUUACAAGUUUGAUAAUUGUGAUGCCCCUCACAGCAACAGCAUCAUGUCAGAUCAAUUGGUGGGCCACUGGUACCUCUCCCUCUCUAAUAUUGGAGUUGAGGUUUUUCGACGUGAUUGUGUCAAAUCAGUCCUGGAGCUGUUGUAUGAAUACAAUGUGCUACAGUUCAACAAUGGAGAAAUGGGGGCAGUGAAUGGAAUGAAUCCUGAUGGCAGCAUUGACCGCUACACCAUGCAGAGUGAAGAGAUGUGGGUGGGAGUCACAUACGGACUGGCUGCAACAAUGAUAUUUGAGGGUAUGGUAGAAGAAGGAUUUAAAACUGCUGAAGGAGUAUAUCGCACAGUCUAUGAGAAAAUUGGUCUGGGUUUUGAAACUCCUGAGGCCCUAUAUGGGGAGCACAAAUACCGUGCUAUUGGAUACAUGAGGCCACUUUCUAUUUGGUCCAUGUACUAUGCUUACCUUCUGCAACAGAAAAAACAAAGCACUCAAACAGUAGAAAAGGUCACUGAUGACACCCCAUCCCCUUUGCUGUCAGUGAGAAGUGUCAGUGGUGUUGCUGUGUCAUCAGACUCAUCAAGUGAUGUGUCACAAUGAUCUCUUUAGGGUAUUACAUAGUGACUUUCUAGAGAUAAAUUUUAUUUUUUGCACGGCAUAUUGUACAUUAUUUAUAUAAGUACAGGAUGUCUCAAAAAGACAAUUGUAUGAAUGCUCCUAUUAUAACAGAAACAUUGUCCUCACUUAAUGAUGUGCGACCCGCAUCAACAAGUGAGGACAAUGUUGUUGUUGUAAUAUAAACAUUCAGUGAUUGCCACAAAAACCGGUGAGGCAGUGUAUAGACACUUUUUGAGACGCCUUUUUCAUGAUCCUGUACAGUAUUCACUUGGAAAAUUAUUUUGACAAUAAAGUGAUUGUGUGGUGAAAAAAAAGGAUAUUUGGUGUAUGAAAAAUAGUGAUAAUGAGUAGAAAGAAGUAUAUUGCCAAAGACAAUAACACUAACAUCUCAGAGUUUUGUGUGGUGGGAUAUGAAGGUGUGAGGUCACUAACUGAAACAGUACCCUAUAGUCCUGUACACUGCCAGUGACAUCUGAGCACAAACAGCUUUAAUGAAGUGUUUUUGUUUCUUAAUAAGCUUUUAUUAUUAUUAUUUGUUUUAGAUUUUCAUAUAGAAUGAGCAGUCAUGGUAUCAUUAUGAUGCAGGCCUUUUUUAACAUAUACAGUACUAUAUUGUAAUUGGCCAUUUGUUUCACUAGCCCUUAGUUGCAGCCCACUAGCAGAAUUCUAUUGUUUGAUAAGUGGUAUUCUAUAGGAAAGAGAAGAGAGCUGUACUUUGAGAAAACAAGACCAGCAGUGACAGAAUUCCUGAAGAGGGUCCACACAUAACUGAAACCAUCAAGGACGAGAAUUUACUAUUCAAAUUAUCAUUGCUGGAAUAUUUAAGCUUCUCUUCAAUAUUCUGUAAGAUAUACCCGUGAUUUUAACAUUUUCAUUAAGGUACGUUCUUCAUGUCAUUAUUGUAGUGUUCAUAUUUUGCUGUAAUUGAGCCUAAAUGAAUAUAGAUAUAUAUACCCUA